AUGAGGUAUCUUGGUGAUUACCUCGCCUUCACAUCAAGUGCCUGCUUCAGCUGCGGACAGAAUCAAGCGCAAGCUGUUCGACGAUCGAGAGUUUUUCCUGAAGAAACACAGCAGGCAAGUCAGUCGCAACAGCCCCUUGACGACUUCGCCCCCUCUGCACCACCCCUAGAAGAGCUGCUUGAUGACGAACGAGGUGAUUCAGUCAAACAAGAGCACGGCUCAAGUCACCGUGGAUCCAACACAGAGGAGGCAGCAAGUGGAAACAACCAAGGAGAAUGCGUCAUCUGCCUCGAGGCUCCAUCCAAGUUCGCCCUGAUGCCUUGCGGUCACCUGUGUCUGUGCGGGAACUGCGUUGGUACGGUCACCCGUUGCCCUCUAUGCAGGAAGGAGCUACAGGGGUUUCUUGCUGUGUAUACUUAG